CCCACCUUCGCUUAAAACAUAGGCCCUUUUCCUUUCAGUUAAACCUGUAAAAAGGCAUUCAAUCUGGUUUCAUAGUUGGAGCUGCUGCUUCUUCUGAUGUUCUUAAGAGCUUUUAUGUCGGAUAUGAAGCCUGAGGAUAUACCAAGCCCCAUCAGUGGUCCCAAUUUUUAUUUUUCAGACAAUGAUCUUUUCUCUGACGCCCUGCAAAACUCUGAGGUCACUGAUGAAAACUCUUCCUAUGGCAAUAAUCUUAACAUACCACCAGACAUUGAACAACUCAAUAAUGGCUACCAAAACAACAAUCGGAAUACAAAUCCGACCACCGCCACCAGCGCCACAAGCACCAACAACACAGUCGCCACCCCAGCCGCUAACAACAACAACAAUCUGUCUAUAAUCUUUGAUUCACCAGACGAUAUGGGGAAUGACAUUUCGGCUUCUAUAGACUUCUCUGAAUCUCCAUCUUUUUCAGUCCCUCCAUUUCUGACACAUCAAGACCAUUUCAACCUGUCUUUAGUGCAGUCUCAAAUGCAAUUACCUGAUGUUUCAGCUGAGGGGCUCUCACAGUACACUACCGACACUGUUGGACCUCUUUUGGGGCCUCCACUGCCAUCUGUUUUCGACGACGAUUGCUUGUCUUCGGUGCCUUCUUAUGUGCCUUUAAACCCUUCAUCUCCAUCAUGCUCCUUUCUUGGUCCUCCCAUGACUAGUUUCAUGCCUGCUGGGACUAUUGCUGAUAGUUCCGGGGUUUUCGCUGAGAGGAUUCUUUUGAAUUCUGAACUUCAACCACAAGACUUGGAAUUUCAGGGUGAUAAUGCUGGAAUCUUUUGCCCUGAUACAGUCCAACGAGUUUUCAAACCAGGAGAUUUGCAGGGCCUGAGCAGUGACAAUCAUCAACUGGUUGGAGUGGCAACAACCAGCUCUACUCCUUUAGCUUCAGAGAUGUCUAGUUUGGAAGAUUCAACUUUCAACAAAGUUGGUAAACUGUCUGUUGAACAAAGGAAAGAGAAGAUCCAUAGGUACAUGAAGAAAAGGAAUGAAAGGAACUUCAGCAAGAAAAUUAAGUAUGCAUGCCGCAAGACAUUAGCCGAUAGCAGGCCUCGAGUGAGAGGAAGAUUUGCAAAAAAUGACGAAUUUGGAGACACCCAUAGGCAAGCUUGUAGCAAUCCUGAAGAAGAAUAUGAUGAUGAACAGGUGGUAGUGAAAGAAGAGGAAGACAUGGUUGAUUCCUCAGAUAUUUUUGCUCACAUUAGUGGUGUCAACUCUUUCAAAUGCAAUUAUCCUAUCCAAUCCUGGAUUUAAUUAGUUUUAAACAAUAAAGCUACUACAAUUUUGCAGGGACCCCUGUUUCAAACUGGGUUUUCUCCAAGUUUGAUGUUAAAAAAAAAAACAAAAACAAAAUAUUAAUAAUAAUUGGGUCCUAUGGUAUACAAAUAAUCAAGUCAGGGUUGCUAUAGAUAGUAAAUAAAACUGUAAUUUUUGUAGAUAUGUAUGUAUAUGAUCAUUCCCCUUGUAUCAAGUUCAAUUGUAUGUGAUCAGCACAUUUUCACAAUGAUAUUAUGGCAUUCCUUAAUUGCCAAAGUCACUUGUUGAAGAAAUUAAUUUUAUGUUAGAUGUGAGUGUAAACAAUAGUUUGCUUCAAUUGCUUGGCUCAUGUGUAGUAUAAAUUUAACUUCCUCAAAGUGAAAAAAAAAUUUUGGAUGUUGCUAGGUGUUUGAUGCCAUUUUAC